AUGGGCAAGAAGGCCGUCCUCGUCUUUGACGAGAAGGCGCGCAAGGAGUUCAUCACCGGCUUUCACAAGCGCAAGGUGGAGCGCCGGCAAAAGGCGCGGCAGCGCAUCGCGGAGGAGGUGCGGCAGGAGAAGAUACAGGAGCGCAAGGAGAAGCGCGAGCAGCUGAAGGGCCUGCGCGGCAUCGGACUGGGCGAGGCGCUCGGCGAGCCGGCGGCCGCCGCGUCCAGCGGCGCGAAGUCUCGCGCUCCCGCCGCCGCAGCAGCACCACCACCCGCCGCGCCGCUCGACGAGGUGGCUUACGACUUCCAAGGCAUGACGGCCACCACCGUGGUCGAGUCGCUCGAGCCGGAGCCGGAGCCAGAGCCGCGGCCGCGCGGCCGUCCCGCCGAGCAACGAGGCACGAGCGCGCCGCGGCCCAAGGAGAAGAAGUUCAACCUCGACCAGCCGUUGGCGACCGCCAUCCCCGGCUACAAAAGCAAGCUGGCCGCUGGCGCGAGGCGCAAGAAGAAGGAAGGCAAGGCGAAGCGUCGCGGGCCUGUUGGGAAGAAGGAGAAGGCGAAAAAUCGCGCCGCCGGAAGAGCGGCGAGGCGAAGCGAGACGCGGGGCGGCAGAUGA